AUGACGGUCGUGGAAGCUGUCAAGGAGGCCGUCGGGCUGGGCGAUCAUGGGCUUACAGAAGCCACGAGGGAGGAGAUGUCCGCCGCCCGAGUACCCCUACCAUACCGUGACUCCUGCGCCCACCUGCUCAUCCCACUCAACAAAUGCCGAUACGAUAACUAUUUCAUGCCGUGGACGUGUAUGGAUGAGAGACACAGCUACGAGAAGUGUCAAUACGACGAGUUUAAGCUGCGGGUGAAGAAGAUGGACGAGAUACGAGCAGAGAAGGGUGGUGCUCGAAGUAAUUAA